AUGGCGCGCGAGUCAGUUUUGUCCAAAAAUGCUGGGUUUGACACGAAGUACCAAGAAGUUCUAAGUUUCUAUAACGAUUCCAUCUCAAACCAAAAUGUCUGCGUCAAAUCUACCCUCACGUCCUGCGCACGUCGCGUCACGGAUUCGUCAAUGUUGCUGAUGAUUCCACAGAUAGUGUUCUUUGCAUUUUACCAAGGCAUCAUCCAGGCUGACUAUACCAAGCCCUACAUCACGUGUGGCGUCGGCGUCGGCAUGGUUGGUUACGUUAUGGUGUGGGAUGGUGUCGCAGCGCCGUUGGCGUCAGUUGUUUGUGGACGCCUUGUCAAAUACACGGGACGCCCUCUGCAAGCUUGUGGAGCUUUGUUGGGGUACAUGGGAACCACUGCGAUGUUAUGGCUAUGGAAACCAUCGCAGGACAAUCUUAGGAUAUUUUUCAUAGUCUCAGUUUUGUUUGGAAUCAGUGACGUUGUAUUCCAGACGCAUAUUUGCACCGUCCAAACCACAAUGUUCAAAGACGACAGUCCGGCCGCUUUUGCCAACUUCUACACAUUCAGGGCGCUCAGCAAAGUUUUGUCCUUCGGUCUCAGCGGCUUUGUGUGUGUUUGGAUUAAGCUAGCCGUUGUGUCGUCCAUGCUGCUAUUAGCUUGUGGAUCAUUUGUAGUUUUGGAGUGCCGGCUAAAAUCCGUAAAACCACCAUCCAAGGAUGGGGCGGUCUUAGAGGUCAUGUUGGAACAACAGACACCAUCUGAUCUUGACUCGCGUGAAGAAGGGUCAAAGAAGGAGUUUUUCUGGCCAGUCACCAAAGGUGACUGA